AUGCCUUCAAAUUUAAUGGAUCCCUGGGGAAACCAAACUAUAAAUUCGUCAGUAACCCCAGAAUUUGAAGACAACUUCAUACCUGUUAAAGAAGACAAAUUGGCUGACUCUGCCGAAUAUCUAGCUGUGCUAGAAAGAAAAUUACGAGCACUUCGUAGGAAGAAUAAAGUUGUGGAUAGUUUAGCAGCAUACCGAGCGGACUGUAUUGACCGGUUAAUAAGAGAAGGCUGCGAUUUAGACCCUGUGAUCGGAGACACUGAAUCUGAAAAGCUACUCCAGGAG